UAUGAUCAGUUAGCCACAGUAGCCUGAUUGGCCACUGUUAGAACAGUAUAUUAAAACGGGUACAGUAAACGCUCGCCGGAAAUUGCACAGCAAUUUCACAAGGUUCAAGACCUGACAUUUGCUCAUGUUAGAGGGAACAUUUGAUUAUGACUCGUACUGUGGGGCUCUAUUGUUAGGGCGGAGAAACGUGUAUCUUGUCAGUAUAUCCAUAAUCUUUGCUGUUGCCAUUUGGCAGCUGUUGCCUUGUAGCUUUAGCUACCUGAGUAGCAAAUGUUAGCAAGUUCGCUAGCUAACUUGGUUGCUCAAAUGUGAGCCUGUAUUAUAAAUGGAGAUGGAUGAUGAACUUGAGAAAUUCAUCCAGCAACAGAAGGACAGAGUGGCAGAGGAUAAAGCCAGCUUGGAACAGGAUCCACCUUACCUUGAAAUAAGGAAAAAAGACUACAAGGCCCAUGACCCCACAUUCACAAAUAUCCGAACAUUUAAGUCAGCCACAGAACAAGGGAAGGGUACAGUAUAGAUUUGAAGUUAUAAACCCAAUUUGUAAGCACGUUGUGGUAGAUUUAAAUCCUGGCUGUUGGGAGGUCUUAUUUCAUGUAUGCCAUCCUGUUUUUCAGAGGAGAAUUGUUGUCUAAGUUUACCUUUGGGUGAAGACUAUGAGAGGAAGAAACAGAAGUUACAGCAAGAGCUCCGUCUGGACUACAGACGCUACAUGGCUCAGAAAAAACAUCUCAAUGCUGCAGAACCAGACCCAUCCCUUCCCAUUGGUGAGAGGAGAGCUGCUAAGGAGCAGCUUGCUUCUCUCAGAGCUCCUCCAGAAAUACCUGUUGUCCACUGCAGCCCCCAACCCCCGGUGCACCACAAGCAGGCCCCCUCCAUGAGAGACGCAGCCACGCUGACAGAAGGAAGGAGGGGACUGCACAGGGGAGGACGCUGCCUAGUGGAGGGCAGGAGGAUGGAGGGCCUGUGGCCUGAGGAUGAGCUGCUGCUUCCCAGAGAGGGCCAGGUUGGUGAGAGUGGACUUUGACUCUGAGACAGACCUCACAGAGGAAGAGCUGGAUCUGAUGAUGAGAAGGAGACCAAGGCAGACUAGGCUAGAGAGAGAAGAGAGGACGUGGCAAAGAAGACACUACAAAACAGACUUAAGGGACAUAUCAAGGCUUAGGGACAGAGGUGCUGAACUGCCUGACUACACAGAGAGUAGUCAAUAUGCAGACAGGAAGGAGACUAACGGGUCUGUUGUUCCUGAUGAGGAUUAUUUGGAGGCAAGCCGGGGGACAUCCUCUCCAACCCCCAAACCCAAGCUGCAGGUACCAGCAGGGAUGAGACGCAGUGGAAGAUCCAGAUCCUCUACCAAGAAGGACGAGGUUGAAUUCGUUACCGGGCUUAUGAUUGGGGCUGCAGAUGCAGCUGCUGCCUUGCAGGGAAGGAAGGAGAGGUACAGGCAUGAGCUGCAGGAGCAGAUAGCUGAACAGCAAAGGAAUAAGAAGAGGGAGAAGGAUUUAGAGCUCAGAGUUGCUGUGACAGGGACAACUGACAUGGAGGAAAAAGCAGAUCGGAUCAAACAGUUUGGAGCAGUGAAUAGUGAUGACCAUGCCAGAAAGAGAAAAGACAGCUGGUACCCACCAGGCCAAGCUGUGGACCUACCAGGGGAUGAGUUGAAUGGGAGACCCAGUGAGGAAAACAGAGAGAGGCUUCCCCCUGAGCAGCCCUGCGUGGCCUUCCAGUCCCCCCUGCUGGACUACAGCCACACCCUGGGCCUCAACAGUGGAGGCACCUCCCCUUAUAGCCAGGCCAUUCACAGGAGCAAGGACACUCCCAGUUUCAGGAUGGCAGGUUUCCUUCCUCAUCCACCAUCCACAUUGGCAGAUGCAUAUAGAAGUCCCUAUGAUGAGGCCCAUCUCUACUAUGGUGCAAGGAACCCACUGGACCCUAACCUGGCCUACUAUGGUCAGAUCCCGCUGACAGGAGGGGUGCAGCCCAUGUCCUACAUCAGCCUUCCUCCUGCAGGGCCUCACCCCAGCCAGAUGGGUCAACACAGCCAUUACAAUGGGAGCAGCAAUCCAGAGCCCCCUCCACACAGACCUACCAGUGAUGCUGCUACCAUGGGUUCAGGGAUUGGAGUAUUCCCUGCAGAGCAGGUCAAGCCAUCUAAAGAGAGUGUGUUACGUUACAAGGAGGCACUAAGACAACAGGGAGACCCCAGGAAAGGGAGGAGUCAGAUUUUUUGCCAGAUCCAGGAGAGACGAGAGCGGCGGAGGCUGGACAGGGAGGAGACAGAUCGCUACGAGGCCAAGCUGGAGGCAGACAUGAAGAACCACGACCCCUGGGGGAGAGGAGGAGGAGGAGCCCCUCUCAGAGACAGCAGGGGCAACCUCAUCACCGAUCUGCACCAGAUGCACAAGCAUAAUGAGGAGGCCUACAUCAACCCUGAGACAUGGCAGAAGAGUGCAAGAGCCACCAAUGCAGUGCCCCGAGAGGACACUAGACCUCCCUCCACCCACAGAGUCUCAGGUUUUGCUCAGGCCCCUUCGUUUGCCAGAGGCAGUAUUUUUGGGAACCUGCCCACACCACAGCAGCUCCAUGAACAGGAAAAGUACAAGGCUUACCUCAAACAACAGAUUGAGGAGAAGCGGAGGAAGGAAGCAGAGGAGCGAGAGUGCCAGAGGCUGGAGGAGGAGAAGGAGGAGAAGAGGCUGGCUGAGCAGAGGGAGCACAUCCAGAGAGAGUAUGAAGAAGAACAGGACAGGAAGAAACGCAAGGAGAUGGAGCAAAAAGCCAAGAAUGAUGAGCUGAUCCGUCUGGCUGAGGAGCGAAAGAAAGAGGUGGAGAGGACAAAGAAAGAGGCAGAGGAGAAGGAGAACUCUGCCCUGAGGAAGCAGUAUGAGAAGGAGAGAUGGGCACGCCUACAGGAGGUACCAAGGGAGCCGUCUCCCCCCAUUCCCACCCUCCAAAAGAGGCAUCAGGCUCCCCAGUACAGCCCCAGACCUCCGUCCAUGGACAGCCAUCGCAUUACUACUGUCCCCCUGUCUGAGCGCUCUCUGUCAGGCCUCCAGUCCCCCCCAGUCCCAGCUCGCAGGAACCAGCUGAGAGCCGCCGAGGACCAGCGGGGUGUGAUCAGCGAGCUGUCCGAGCUGCGUAGACAGCUGCGUAGCGAGCAGAAACGACUGGAGGGCCAGCUACUGCAGUCAGAGUGGGAGGAGCUGGACUCUCCUAUGAGUGACAGACACAGGGACAGGGAGCAGCCCCAGGUGGAUGUGUUUGACAUGGCCAGACUGCGGCUGCAGGCCCCCGUCAGGAGACCCUCCUCCAGGAACACAGAGCCCAACAACCUGCACAGGAUCCACGACUCGCUGCAGUUCAGAUACAGAGAUGUUGACUCCAGAGAGGUGGAAGGCCAUGGUUACUGUGAGCACCCUAGCGACAGGGAUGGACAGAGUGUGGACAUCCAGAGACAGGCAGACUACAGGGAGGAGCUACGCAGGAUCAACAACAGCCUGAGGAGGAAACCUGCCGCCGAUUAUUUUCACUUGUCACCACCCCAGCAACAAAACCAUUAUUUGGUGAGUUUCUACUUGCCAGUUUGUUUAGCUAUCGCCCUGAACCACAGAGUGGUCUCUUUGCUGUACAGUACAUGCUUGUCUGUGUGUGACGCAAUGCCUGUACACUCUUCUCCCCAGAGGAAUGCAGUGGGGGAUCCUAUGAGAGGUUCCCUGUUGGAGUCUGACAGUGCCUUCAUUGAUCCCAUGGGUGAAGCCUUCCCAGUGUCCCCCCCACCUGUACAGAAGCCCCAGCUCUCAGCCAGGGAGAGGAGGAGGCUGGCCAAGAGGGCAGACCUGCACAAUGAGCGGGGGAGCUCCAGAGAGCCUGUUGGCCAUCCAGAGAACUACUCCCGCCAGUCAGAGGCCAGUCUCAACACACAGCACCAUGGUAGAGAGCGUAACCACCAUAGGACCAAGAGGCUGCUGGCUAUGAGCCGCCAUGGCCUCAGAAGAGACCUGUCUGGUGAUGAAGAUAUGUCUCCGCAGGUUUCUCCUCGCACCCCACACACUCAGGGCUCCGUGGAUACGGUUGCCACGGAGCCGUGGAUGAGGCCAGGCUCCUCAGAGACGCUGAAGCGCUUAAUGACUGGUCAGACCCCCUGCAGGGAGAGGCUGGCCAGCAGAGAGUCUACCGUGCAGGACUGGGAAGGCCCCUCUACCUACCAUGGCUAAUCUAACCAUCUCCGCUCUAACACGGUCACUCAAUGCACUUUGGUCCCAACGCUUAUCACGUGUUAGACCUGAUUUUCUGUGCAAAAAUAGCCACACAAUGGUGGUGUAAACAUUUCUGUAUAGAAACUAUUUUGCGUUGUACAACCUGAGUGUGUAGGGGACCUACGUUUGUACACUGCCCUCACUUGGCUUGAUGCAUCCACAUCAGUGGUCAUGCUGACAGGAUCUCCACAGCAGAGAAGGAUCAUCUGCUUUAGCUUCUUGAUCGAUGUGUCUACUAACUUAACCCUUUUACUUUUGCAGUGCUUGACUUGUGUAUCAUGGUCUACCUCAAAAUACCUCUUGCAAUGCAGAAUUAUGAGCUUCUUAUGAAAAAUGCAUAGAUUGUACUUUCAUGGACCUGUAAUGAAAAAUAUGCAGAUUGUCUCGGAAUGGUUAGUAAGUACAAGGGAGAAACUCCAUUUCUAUAAGGACACUGUGUGCAGGCAUUUUCUCCAGUCAAGCACUAUUAAAGUUGAUUAGUUAAAUCAGGUGUGUAAGAGGUGGGCUGGAACAAAAGCCUGCAGCCUCAGCUGCCAUCCUCUAAAAGAACAGUGUGCUAGGGUUGCCUUAGGACAUGCAUCGGUUACUGUAAAUCCAGUCUCCGAACAUUGUGUUUAAAUUUCAGUCACGCUGAACUUCUGCAAUACGGAUUGAAUAGAGCUCUUAGUCUUUGAAACAGUUCAGGACAUCUUUCUAUAAUAAUAGCACUACAUUUAAUGUAAAUUGUUCUAAUGGCAUAUUUUUUAUGUACCGUGUGUAAAAUGUUUGGCCAAGAUGACCUCAUUUUCAACUUAAUAGAAUAAACUAUAUUUUAAAUAAG